CCGGCCUUCUUCCAUUGCGCAGGCGCAGAGGGUGCAUCAAGAUGGCGGCCCCCGUGGAUCUGGAGUUGAAGAAGGCCUUCGCAGAGCUUCAAGCCAAAGUUAUUGACACUCAACAGAAAGUGAAGCUUGCAGACAUACAGAUUGAGCAACUGAACAGAACGAAAAAACAUGCACAUCUUACAGAUACAGAAAUUAUGACUUUGGUAGAUGAGACUAACAUGUAUGAAGGCGUAGGAAGAAUGUUUAUUCUUCAAUCCAAGGAGGUAAUUCACAAUCAGCUGUUAGAGAAACAGAAAAUAGCAGAAGAAAAAAUUAAAGAACUAGAACAGAAAAAGUCCUACCUGGAGCGGAGCGUUAAGGAAGCAGAGGACAACAUCCGGGAGAUGCUGAUGGCACGAAGGGCACAGUAGGACCCCUGAGGGAUGCUCCUCCUCCUGACCCUCCCAUUCCUGGCAAGGGCUGAGGGGCCCCUGCAGGGGAGCAGCCCCCUCUGUGCUCUGACGGACAUUUUAUCUGCAUGGCCUAGCACCCCCACAUCUUCUGCAUCAGUCUGCACCCCCUUCAGGGUCCUCCCUGUGUCCUUUUUUUAUCCUGGCUCUGCCACUCCUGCCCAGGCCCCUCCUCUCUCCUGAGUCCUGACUUCCUGGGAGAGAGAAGAGUGGGCCCAUCGCUAAGCACAUCAGUCAGCCAAUCAAAGGCAUCUGUCCCACUGCACUCAGCCUGAGAACAGAGCAGGAGAGGCGGUGGCGGUGGCGGUCUCUGCCUCAGCUGCCUUUCCCUCCACAUUGAAGCCUUUUCCUCCUUGGGGAGUGGGUCCGCCCUCCCCCCUUCCCCUCCUGGACCUGACUCACACACACCCACCCCCCGCACUGGUUCCUCCAGGGCAGCCUGCCUGGAGAUUCCUGUCCCACUUCCUCCCACACAUGGUAACAAAGCUCCCAGUAAGCAGCAGCUUCCAGGCUGUGCUGUUGGACAAUGUCUUAAGAGUGGACACGAAAUCCUCCAGGCUCACGGGUGGCCGCGGUGUGCUGGAGCUGGCUUGUCCUGGCUCAGGAGAGCCAACGAUUCGAUUUUCAGGAAUUCUGUUGCCAGUUGUGAAACAGAACCAUUUCUAAAAAUUAAACUCUGUGAAUUUUCAGAUUAUAUCAAAAGCAAAGAUAAUAAACAUUUGCAACUCAC